AUGCGGUCAGGUGGCGAACAGCCUGGCCCCAUGCGUGAACUACUAGAAGAACGGUGGGGCAGUCCCGGCGGGAUGCUGCAAUGGGGUGAAGGCCCUCAACGGUUCGGCCAAGACCACACCUAA